UAUGCCACGUCGGUGGGAAGAAGAAGAAGCCGGGCUGAGGGUGGAGUCAACGGCAACAACAUGUAUAGCUGAUUUUCGAUCCCCUUUCUAAAUUAUAGAGACAGGCCACCGCUGAAGCCCCAUCGCGAACCCUCCCGUCACCUCUCAAGAUGCGUCACACCUUCGUAUUCGGAGCGCUCCUUUGCCUGUUUUCUCAUCCGUCAGACAGUUUGUCAGAUGACAAAGUGAGGCUGAAAGACGUUCAGGUUCUCACGCUGCGGCAGGGACAGUACACCACCGGUCGCCGGUCCCAUCCGGUGCCCCAGCUGAACUGCCGCGGUGGUAGCGCGGGCUGCCAGGAUCAACCUUCGGUUGUUCAGUGCUACAACCGCGGAAGCGACGGCCGGGACGCACAGUGGGAAUGCAAGGCCGAGAUGAAGAAAUCGCAGAAAUUCGGAUUGAUUCAAGUGACGUGCGAAGGGUACGAUUAUCCUCAAGACGAAUACAUACUGGUGGGAUCUUGCGGGCUGGAGUACUAUCUGGAGAGAACAGGUUUCUUCAGUGGAUCAUCGCCGAGCGUAAGUGGGCAGCACAGGCACAAUGGACACGCGCGCUCGACCAGCGCAUUCUGGUCCCUCCUGAACGUGAUCUUUUUCGUUCUUGCGGCGCUCGGAUUCUGCUUUUUCUGCCUCUGCUGCUUGUACCUGUGUGAUGCGGACGCCCACCAUUACAACCAACGGCGCUCAGCGUACGGCGCUGGCUACCGACCACUCGUAAUCCAAUCCGGGGCCUGCCACGGGUCACCGCCCCCUGUUCUCGGCAUGUACGGCAUCCCUCCGCCUUACUCGGCAAGCCAGUAUCUGAACACGAACUACGCGCGCAGUGCUCAAGGUAGCGCCCGGACUUUGGUACACAGCAAACACCUGCCGCCCGCGGGAACCCCCAAGCCUCGGCGACAGGCAAGAAUAACAAUCAAUCGGACUAUGAGGUGCGGUCCGGUAAUCUCGCCCGCAAGGACAUCAGAAGGACCUGGCUUCUGGACUGGUGCGGCUACGGGCGGUCUACUAGGCUACCUGUUCGGGAAUAGGGGCUGCGACACAGGCGAAAGGACAGUGCAUGCUGCUCCCAUUGAAAGAACUUUUGAGCCGGCGUCGUUCUUUGGAAACGCUUGUACGAGUGACGGAUACACAGCUACUGAUGUUGGCAAUGUGUUGAGCGAUGUGAUUACAUCUGCUGGCUUUGGAGGAACCGACAGGAGGUAGUCGUGAAAUGUGUCGUUCUGACUCGGCGAAUAAAAAUUACCAGCGCAUCAUAAUUCAAAUUAUGACAUCAUUUACUUUAGCUAUUUAAAACAAUCACAAUAGGAUAAACAAUGCAAUAAAAAUUUGAUGUGAUAUCAAAA